AUGUCUUAUUACGCAAAUUGUCUGAAAGUUUCAGACGAAUGCCCUGUCUCGGCGACACCAUUUGGAUACGCACCAUCACUUCCAGCUAACGCUACUUUGCUGGCCAUUUUCUGCAUCGUUACGAUCGCACAGUUGAUACAAGGCUUCAGGUAUCAGACUUGGGGAUUCACAGCUACGUUCAUACUGGGGAGUUUGUGCGAAGUAUUUGGGUAUGCUGGGAGAGUAAUGAUGGCAUCUAGUCCCUGGAGUCAUGUUGGAUUCACUCUCCAAAAUCUCUUCCUCACAGUUGGCCCCCUAUUCUUCCUCAACGGAGUAUUCCUCUGCUACACAAACAUAAUCGAAACCUACAGCAUCACCCUCUCCCGCAUCAAUCCCGCCACCUACCCUCUCAUCUCGACCUCCGUCACACUUCUCCCUUUUAUUCUCCUCACCUCCGGGUCUCUCCUUCAAAGCACUUCUGCAGUCGGCUUUACUCCACCCUUCUAUCUCUCUACCGGCUCCCACAUCGUCAUCGCAGGCUUGAGCUUUCAAUUACUUUCGAUGAUUUGUUUUGGUGUUUUGCAUGCAGAUUAUAAGAUCCAAGUUCGUGCCUAUCACGAACAAUUAAAUGCGUAUGCAGAAAACACGCGCGCCUCGAGACGGUUUAUGUAUUUCUAUAUUGCACUUCCAACAACAUUUUUGGCAGUCGGCAUCAGUGCUAUUUACAGAAUGGCUGUUUUGGGGCAAGGAUGGGGAAUGAGCUUUAUGAAGAAUGAGAUUGGAUUCAUUUGUUUGGAGGGAAUAACUGUGGCGAUUGCGGGUUAUGCAUUGUCAAUUGUUCAUCCGGGUUAUGUGUUCAGACCAACGGAGUACAUUAAUCACAAGAGUGCAGAGAUGAUUAGUGAUGAUAAAUUGGAAGAGGCUUGGAAUUGA